UCGGGCGGUCUGAUUGGUGGUAUGAAUCGAGUGGUCAGUUCUGGUGGAUCCAGUCCUCAGCGGAGGCGUCUGGUGUUGGGGAUUCUCCUCCUCCUCCUGGUGGAUAUCAUCUGGGUGGCUUCAUCCGAGCUGACAUCGUACAUAUUCCAGGAAUUCCGGAAACCUUUCUUUAGCACCUUCGCCAAGACGUCCAUGUUUGUUUUGUAUCUUCUGGGAUUCCUCGUGUGGCGGCCGUGGAGACAGCAAUGUACCAAGAGGCUGCGUGGCAAACGCACGACAUUGCUUGCAGAUGCUGAAAGCUAUUUUGCUGCGUGUGCGUCGGACGUCACCACGGGCCAUUCCCUGAGUGAGCCGCUUUAUGUUCCCGUCAAGUUUCACGACCCGCAAAAUGAGAAGGCGCCCGCGGCAAAAGGUGCAAGCGAGGAGAAAGCUAUUAAGAAGCCGCGGGUCCGGUUCAGUAAUCUGAUGGAGGUUCGGCUCCUCCCAUCCAGUCAGGCCCUGGAAGCCAAGUUAUCCCGCAUGGCACACCCACCUCUCCGGGAUAGCGAGCCCAACCUGAGGACAACUGGAAAAUUCUCCAUCUGUCAGGUGGCCAAGAUCAGCUUCUUCUUCUGUUUUGUGUGGUUUUUGGCAAAUUAUUCCUACCAAGAGGCUCUUUCUGAUACCCAGGUGGCCAUUGUCAACAUCAUUUCCUCUACAUCAGGUCUGUUCACAUUGAUUCUGGCCUCCGUCUUUCCAAGUAACAGCGGAGAUCGCUUUACUCUUUCCAAAUUAUUGGCUGUUGUUUUGAGCAUUGGUGGCGUGGUGCUGGUUAGCGUGUCUGGAUCUGAAGCAUCAAGAGAUAAAGAUACCAUAGGUAACGUCUUACUCUUUACUGCUGUGUGA